CGCCCAAUACAUCUCCAAUAAUGGAGCCAUCAUCAUCCGACCACGAUCGUGUCGAGGAUGCAAGGGAAAGUCCAAUAGUAUAUAUAUUCGUCAACCCAACUAGUGGCGGCAAUAGGGCAUCAGAGUAUCUUACAUUGGGCCUUCAACGUAUGAAGUUCCGUGAAAAUCAUUGCGAGGUGUAUAUAUAUGAUAUCAGUGAUGGCGUAUCAGGGAGUAAGCCUUCCUUUGCCAACCUAGCCGACCAUGCUGCUGCUAAUACUGGAGAUAAUGGCUCCUCACACCCAAUAAGAGUCCUCGUUGCGGGAGGAGACGGAAGCAUUAUGUGGUUCCUCGAUGAGGCCAUCAAGCACAAGGUCGAUAUAGACUCCAUUGCUAUUGGAGUUAUACCAUUCGGUACUGCCAAUGACUUUUCUAGAGUUCUAGGAUGGGGUGCAAGCGCUCCUAGAGUCCUCCUAGGCAAACGUCUAGUUAACUUCAAGGGUAUGCUUACUCAAUGGCUCAAUGCCAGCAUAGUACCAUACGAUAUAUGGGAGGUAGAGAUUAAAUGCACCAACAACGGGUCUAUUCAGCACAUUCAUAACUCUGUGAAGACGCCUUUAAAGGGUAGUAACGGAGAGAUACUCAGAGAUGUAGUAAAACCCAUCUGUAACUACUUCAGUAUUGGAGUUGAAUCCAGGAUAGGUCUUGGAUUUGAUAAGCAUCGGACUAAGAGUAAACUUCUCAACAAAGCCGUAUACGUAGUAGAAGGUACUAAGAAGCUCACAUUCACUCGUACUCCCCCCAUACCCGAUCUGAUAAGCUCUGCAACCUGCCCUAGCAUAGUAGACCAGCCUUCAGGAGAAGAUAGAAACAUAUUUACCACUAAUGCAGUUGGGGAAAGGAGCCACCUAAUUGGUAACCCAGUAAGCAUCAUAAUGCUGAACAUACCAUCUAUAAUGGGAGGCUGUGAUAUAUGGUCGAAGUCUAGGAAGAUCGGGAUCCGUAAUGAUACACAGUCAGGCCUACUCGAUAAGUUACAGGACCCUGGUGAUGGUAAAUUCGAGAUGUUGUCUUAUGAUACCCUAUUCGGCCUCUCGGCUGAACAGCUACGUAUAUCACCAUUCGCUGGUAAUGGUCAUCGCUUAUAUCAGGGAGGUGGACCAGUAGUGCUCCAGUUCAAGGCUCUCAAUGAUAGUAUACGUGCCUACUUCCAAGUUGAUGGGGAAUAUUAUAUGUGCAAACAUCCUAGUACUAUGACCAUACGGCAUAAGAUGAAGAUACAUGUCAUGAAGCGUAAUACUUGAAUAAUACAAGAAGCCUAAAUGAUCACCCAGCAGGUGUAGUUUUAUUGAGCAGCAGUAUGACCUACAUGUAAUAGGCUUCUAGCCUGCCGAGGGUAGAUACUUAUCGCUGUAUUCUCUACU